UUUAUAGAAGCAACUCCACACACCGCUAGUUCCCGCUUUUACUGGUUGUUUCUUGUUUUAGAUUAUAUGGUUUUCACCGUAGACGCUUCUAACGUUUUUCUCUUUCGUUCGCUUUAGGAAUUAUCUGUUGAUUUUCAUUGCGAUGGCACUUGUACGUGAGGUGAACGAUUAGUUUAUAUGGGGAAUCAGAGCUCAUCUGAUUUCUCUCACAUGUAGGCGUUUUUACAGCGAACGACGCGUGAUAGGCUACAGAUCUUGUCUGCUUUUCUUAUCAAAUAAUCAGAUACAUCGCUUGCUCCACCGGUUUGUUCGGUCACAUUGCACCGUAACAUGAAGCUUAAACAGUAGACAUUUUUUAGAAAAACAUCAAAUUUGGAUAUGGAGUCCGUCAAGAUGAGAGCCAAAGAGGGGAUAAAGGAAUUUGGGGCGAAGACCCUGGGACAGAUGUACAAGGUGAUGGAGAAGCGACAGGGAACUGGUGAAGUUAUCGAACUAACAGAGGACGGCAGGCCCUCUGAGGCCCAGGAGAAGAAAGCACCCCUGUGCGACUGCACGUGUUUUGGGCUGCCCCGCCGAUAUAUCAUCGCCAUCAUGAGCGGUCUAGGCUUCUGUAUCUCCUUCGGCAUCCGAUGCAAUCUGGGCGUGGCCAUCGUGGGAAUGGUCAACAACAGCACUAUUCACAAAGAUGGGAAGAUCAUCAUCACAGAGAAAGCAAAGUUCAACUGGGACCCAGAGACAGUCGGUAUGAUCCAUGGUUCGUUUUUCUGGGGCUAUAUAGUGACGCAGAUCCCGGGAGGGUACAUAUGCUCGAGACUGGCAGCUAACAGGGUUUUUGGUCUUGCCAUUUUCCUUACCUCGACGCUCAAUAUGUUAAUCCCCUCGGCGGCACGGACGCAUUAUGGACUGGUCAUCUUUGUGAGGAUAUUGCAAGGGCUGGUGGAGGGAGUGACCUACCCAGCCUGCCAUGGGAUCUGGAGUAAGUGGGCUCCCCCUCUGGAGAGGAGUCGCCUGGCCACCACCUCCUUCUGUGGUUCCUAUGCUGGUGCUGUCAUUGCCAUGCCUCUAGCAGGGAUCCUGGUGCAGUACUCAGGCUGGUCCUCUGUGUUCUAUCUCUAUGGGUGCUUUGGGAUCUUCUGGUAUAUGUUCUGGAUCCUUGUGUCGUAUGAAAGUCCUGCUGUGCACCCUACCAUCACCCAGGAGGAACGAGUCUACAUAGAGGAGAGCAUCGGGGAGAGUGCCAAGCUCAUGGGCCCUGCUGAGAAAUUUAAGACCCCCUGGAAAAAGUUCUUCACCUCCAUGCCUGUCUAUGCAAUCAUCGUGGCCAACUUCUGCAGAAGCUGGACCUUCUACCUACUGCUUAUCAGUCAGCCGGCCUACUUUGAGGAGGUGUUUGGGUUUGAGUUAAGCAAGGUUGGCAUGGUGUCUGCCCUGCCCCACUUGGUGAUGACAAUCAUUGUGCCCAUUGGAGGGCAGUUGGCUGACUACCUACGCAGCAGGAACAUCCUGUCCACCACUACAGUCAGGAAGAUCAUGAACUGUGGAGGGUUUGGCAUGGAGGCUACACUGCUGCUGGUAGUGGGAUUUUCCCACACCAAAGGGGUGGCUAUUUCCUUCCUGGUCCUUGCUGUGGGCUUCAGUGGAUUUGCCAUAUCAGGAUUCAACGUCAAUCACUUAGACAUUGCUCCACGCUAUGCCAGUAUCCUUAUGGGCAUAUCCAACGGUGUGGGCACCCUGUCUGGCAUGGUAUGCCCAUUGAUCGUAGGUGCCAUGACAAAAAACAAGACUCGAGAAGAGUGGCAGUGGGUGUUCCUCAUCGCUGCUCUGGUUCACUACGGGGGAGUCAUCUUCUAUGGCAUCUUUGCCUCUGGAGAGAAGCAGCCGUGGGCCGACCCAGAGCUGACCAGCGAUGAGAAGUGUGGCUUCAUCGAUGAGGAUGAGCUGGCAGAGGAGACGGGCGACAUCACCCAGAGUUACAGUGCCCUGGGCGGCGGUCCGGCCAAAACGUACGGUGCCACUACGCAGAACGGGGGCUGGGCUGACAGCUGGGAUAAAAAGGAGGAGUUUGUCCAGGAAGAGGCAGAGGGAGGGCCGUAUGGCUACAGGCAGGACCAGGACUACUCCUAGAGACAGGAGACUCACUGACCAUCAAACGGUAGACUUAUUUUGUAUUGUUUACCAGUUUAGACGAAACGAGUCAAAAACCAAACAAAAAAGAUAACAAUCCAUUGUUGUAUGUUUGCACAAAUUCAAAUCAUUAUUUCAAAAGAUAAAAUUUGUUCAAAAGAUGAUUUUAUUGUACAAAUAAAAUACAAAAUAUAGAGAUGUAGCACAUCAAAUUGCCAGAUCUAUUUGUAAAUGUAAUAUGCAUAUAAAUUAUAGAUAUAUUUAUUUGGAGUGCAAUUGUGUGUAAGUGUGAACCAUUUCCACCUCAUCAAUCUGAGCUUCUUCAUUCUGGAGAAGCCUGUUAUGUACGAUCAGACAAGAUUUAACUGGCUUCCUGGAUCAUCAUGCCUAACUGGUUCUUAUUACAACUCCUCAUGAGCCAGCCAUUGCAGUGUAAAAGAAACAUGUCACUGUAAAAAGGGGACUUAACCAGGAAUGAGACUGUAUGUCUUAGGUUGUACAGUAUCUCUUCUGAAUGCACUGAAAGUAGUGUCCUUUCAAUGCAUAAUAUCAUUUUCUUUUUUUAUUAUGUGUUUGUAUAACUGUCUUUAACACAGAGGCAUAAAGAUACAAUAAUGUUUUGAAGAACAACAUAACACUUUCGCUAGUUGAUGUAAAAGUCUUAAGAUGCAUGAAAUAAAAGAAUGACGAAGCGUUGCGUGUUUACUGUGCCAUUUUGAGAGCUUGGGACUAUACGGUUCUAUCUGCAUUUUUUACAAAAUGGAGUUAGUGACAUAGCCUUGUUCUGUUCAAUGUUCUCUACCUAUAUACCCCAAUUCAAGUUGUUAAGUUCAAAAGAAUGCAAGAUAAAAAUAGCGGACACCAUUCAAACCAAUGAGGUGUUCUGAACUUUCAAGCCAAUUAUCUGUAAUGAACACGACAGAGAGCUGGUUUCAACCGCAGGGCGCAGCAGGUGUUUAUUGCAAAGGACCACAGUAGGAGGCAGGUAGCUGGGUCCAGGGGCAGGCAGAAGGUUAUACACAGGGGGUCCAACAAGGUAACAGUACAGGCAGGGAAAAGGCUAGUAACGUCGUCUGGGAGAUCAGGCAAAAGGUUGAUAACAGGAAAUCCGAUAGGCUAAAGUACAGGCAGAGAAUAGGCAAAAGGCAUCGUUCGUGAGGCAGGCAAAAACUAUCAUAUAUGGGAGGAUUACAUUAUGGGAAAACCAGCGCUCCCAAUAGAAGUGUGUCACAAAACAAACAAUACCUCACAAUGAUGGGGUGCAAAGAACUGAACUAAAUAGUGUGAGAUAACGACAUACAGGUGUGUGAACAGGUGAUCAGAAUUCAGGUGAUUGGGAUCUGGAGAGUGAGGGGGAUCUAUGUGUUUGAGAGUGUGAGUUGGAAGCAGACAUUACAUUAUCUAAGAAUCAUCUUUUUGCAGAUAGAACCUUAUAGUCCCAAGCUCUCGAUUUCAUGCCUAUAACAAUGUUACAUCUAUAAAUGUUUAUGAUUGGAGGUUACAAACAUUCAUAACUCGGUUAUGUAAUUCUUAUGUUCAUUAUGUCCGUUUUAUUGUCUGGUCAAUUCAAGUCAUUUCAAUGAGAUUUGUUGUUGUUUAAAGGUAAAUGUUUGUCUGAGGUGACUAAAGAAAUAUAACAUGGACAAUAUAAAGAAAUGCUGCCCGGCACUAUCAAGGGCCUGUGCAAUGCAGAGAAAGACCAGCCAGCCGAUCCAGAAGUAGCCAAUCAGUAUAUCUACUGUACAGACAGUCCGUCAGCAGGAGAUAUGUUUUGCUAAUGAAAAGGAAACAUUUUUAGACUGGGAUAGUGAUCCAGAUAGACAAUGUUGUUAAAGAACAUUAGAGCAUUACAGAAUUUUUAAAAACAUGACAGUAUAGCUGCCUAUGUAAUGUAUGUCACAUUGAACGUUUACCAUUCCUUAAAGAGUAGGUAGACAAUCAAAAGAGCAGCAAGACAUGAUUUAGCCAGUGUGUAUAGAGUGGGAAUGACCAGUGUAGAGAUACUGGGUUCCAGUCAAUGAUUUAUAUAUACACUCGAUGACUGACAGCGGCCUUGUUUAGAAGCCACCGUGCCUCCAUCUUGGCACUCCCCAACAUUGUAAUUAAAUAUUUUCGAAGCUAUAGAAAUUAAUUUAUUAUUGUCUACAUUUGUUUUUGCCACGUUUAUUCUAUUACAGAACAUUUAAUGAGUAAUUUUAAAUUAUAUUAUGUGAGCUAAACAUUUAAAAAAAUAUAUAUAUAUUAAAACAUUUUCCUUAAAAGUAUAAUGUUUUGAAAGUUCUAACGUUACUGUCCCCAAUACAACAACAAAAAAUAUUUAAAUACAUUACAUUUUGGCCUAUAAACAUUUAAUUAAAAUACUGUAGAAAUCCAUUCAUUCCAAUGGAGGAUUGCUCCUACUGGAGAGUGCCAAUAUGGCUGACCGAUGGCUUCAAAGCCUCUCAUUGGCCAAUACAUAGCAUCAGCAAUCCAGGGUUUAUAUACACCAUUGGUUUCAGUAGCGUGUCAGGGACCUAAACCUGCUUUUCACUGUCUGUCUGUGGAGACCUAAAGUCAGCACUUCACAAUGUAUUUAUGGAAAUGUAUUUAUGCAUGGAACAAAGCCGUAGACUAAAUGUUUUAACUUUUUAUUUCUUUCACAAAAUGUAUUUUGUCUCUCAAACUGUUACUAAUGUGUCAAUUUCUUUGCACAAUUAACCAAAGGUAACGUGUCAAGCUGGGUUUGAACAGGAGGGCUAUAUACUAAGGGAAUUGCUGGACAUUGCAUGGCCUCUGUAGGCCUCUCCAUGUGGCGCUAACCAUACUCAGUGUACAAAGCAAUAAAUCCAUGGUAACAGUUGUUGUCAACCAUUGAAAAAUGUAAAACACUAGCAUAUGUAACUAGAGCGUUUCUUUUACGUUUCAAGCGGUGUUUUUUGUGAUAUCAAAUAUAGAAAAGAACAAACACAAGUACUUGUAAAAAUAUAAAACCUAUUUAGUUAGAGUCCUCCACACAGCUCUUGACAUGCUGAUAAUGCAGGGAGUUUGUGAGGGGACUGCUCACCAGAAGAGAAUGAUACCCUGGGCCAUUCCUGUGACAUGGAUGAUGUCCUUCUCCAUAUCUCUAUGGUUCCACUCCUGUUGGUGUCUGCGCAUCCGUUGUUCUGUACAGUUUCCAGUGGUCGUUUUGGAGGGUGUGCUAUUGUUCAGUUUUUUCUCUCUCUCUAAACCCUGUUGGUUUGAUUGAUGUGUGUUCUGCCAGUGGCUGGACACCUAUAUUGCCCCCUUAACCCUCUGUCUCUAACCACCUAAACCCCUUUCAUUGUUGCAAUAUUCAAUGACGUGAAGAUUGUCUGUAAAGGUGAUCUAACAUUUACAGAAAUGGCAGAUGUAUAACAUGAAGUAACGGUACCUUCUUCCUGUUUUGUGCCUCUGAGUGAAGUUACAGUGUGAUUCUGUGGCUUAUUUUGCUGUGGCUGUGUCAAUGGAGAGAUUUGUUGAUGUCAAAAUGAAAUGCUCUAUAUAUCCAUUUUAUAAAAAAA